AUGGCUCGUCCAACUGAAGGGUUUGAAUUGCAACUCUACUUGGCUGCAUCCAACCAUUCGGUAAGUGCCGCUAUCAUUCAGGAAAGCCCAGACUUGAAGUUGAUAUAUUUCACCAGUCGAACCCUGCAAGGAGCAGAGGAAAGAUAUUCUCAGGUAGAAAAAGUGGCUCUAGCCUUGCUGACAGCGGCACGGCGCCUCCGGCCGUAUUUUCAGAGUCAUCAGGUAGUCAUCCGGACAAAUCAUCCGAUUGCUAAGAUUCUCAGGAAACCUGACUUGGCGGGUAGGAUUGUAGCCUGGGCGGUUGAGCUAUCUGAAUUCGGCUUACGAUAUGAACCACAAGGUUCCGUAAAAGGUCAGCACUUGGCUGAUUUUGCAGCUGAAAUUUACCGUCCGGAGGAACCCAACAUUUGGCAUCUAAAUGUAGAUGGUUCUUCAGAUAGAAGGGGAGGAGGAGCAGGCAUUGUGCUCGAAGGACCGGACAGCUUACUGGUCGAACAGGCGGUCAGCUUCAACUUCCAACUUAGCAAUAACCAGGCGGAAUAUGAAGCUCUCAUCAACCGACUAUUGCUGGCCAAAGAGUUGGAAGUUAAUCAUCUGGUAUGCAGAAUGGAUUCUCAACUGGUUGUGGGACAGCUGAACGGAACUUUCCAGGUCAAGGACGAUCAUUUGCUACGCUAUUAUCACAAGGUUAGUGAGUUAAUCAAAUCAUUUACCACUUUUUCUAUGACCCACAUACCCAGGGCACAAAAUUCCCAGGCGGAUCUAUUGUCGAAGUUGACUCACUCCCGCGAGAAGUCGCAACUCUCUUCGGUGAUCAAAACCACGCUGCAUAAGCCGUUUUUGGAAGCAUAUACCACUAAUGUGGCUACACCGCGAAAUAAUUGGCGACAGGACAUAAUUCAACUGAUGAUCCAACAAGAACAGGGCGGAUGGAUCAGUAUCACUGACUCCAAACGAAUCGCCUGUUACAUGUUUGUGGGUGAUGAUUUGUACCGGCGAGGUUAUACUACCCCAUUGCUAAAAUGUCUAUCUGACGAAGAAGCUAAAUACGUCAUGCAAGAAUUUCAUCAUGGUGUUUGCGGUUCACAUUCAGGAAAAAGAAUGCAGAGGGCCAAGAUUCUACGAGCCGGUUUUUACUGGCCCUCUAUGGAGCAAGAUUGUGCGACGUUCGUACAGAAGUGUAUCUCCUGCCAGUCUCACAGGCACAAUCUACGAAUCCCUCCUUCUGAACUUCAUGAAAUCAUCUCCCCAUGGCCCUUUGCGCAAUUGAGGAUGGAUAUAGCCGGACCUCUACCGGUCGGCAAAUCACAAUGCAAAUACCUCUUGGUCGCAGUCGACUACUUCACCAAGUGGAUUGAAGCAAAGGCCCUCGCAAUAAUAAGCACUCAGAAGGUACAAAGCUUUAUCUGGCGCCUGAUUUGCAGGUUUGGAUUACCACACAAAAUCGUAACCGAUAACGGUCGGCAAUUUGUUGAACGAAAACUAGAGGAUUUCCUCAAAGGCCUGUGCAUUAAACAUAUCACAAGCUCAGUUGAACAUCCGCAAACAAACGGGCAGGCUGAAGCAGCCAAUAAAGCCAUUAUUUCCGAGUUAAAGAAGAGACUGGGGCGUGAUAAAGGAUUGUGGGUCAAAGAAUUACCUAAAUUGCUUUGGGCGUACAGGUGCACACCCCCAAAUGACGACUAG